AUGCAAUCAGGCCUUCCUCACUUAGACAUCAACCUCGGCCCAUCUCCAUUUACUCCAUUCCCCGCCGACUUUAUAGGCCUUCCCAUUCCAGACGACGAACAACUCUGGGGCCUAAGCCCCGUCUCUCCAAUGGCCGAGUUUGCCCAUUCUGCCUUAGAGCGCGAUCUUAAAAACGCCCAAGUCCGCAAUGGUCAGCCCACCCCACCACCCUACGACGAUGGCCGCGACCUAGAUUCCGCCAGCAAGCGACGUCGCGCCCGCGAAUUUAAAAUGGCCGCUGCCUCGCUGAGUCCUGAUCUCGACGAUGGUCCACCCGAUCGUGCGAAACGCGCCAAGUUCCUCGAGCGCAAUCGUCUAGCUGCAUCCAAGUGUCGCCAGAAGAAGAAGGAACAUACCCAGCAGCUGGAAUUCAGUUUCAAAGAACAGUCCGAGAAGAAAGAUAAUCUGAUGACGGAGAUUGCAAAGUUGCGCUCUGAGAUCCUGGCGCUGAAGAACGAGGUCUUGAAACAUGCUCAGUGUGGUGAUGAGCCGAUCAAAGUCCAUUUGGCUCAGAUGGUCAAGAAGAUCACUGAUGUCGAUAUCCCCGGCUGUUCUGAUGACUCGAAGCUAGAUCGCCAGCCGACUUCGCUGGAGCCUACACCAGCCCCAGCUGUGGCGGUCCCAGUGUCGACUUCGGCUCCGGCGCAGGCACUCUCGUUCGGUUUCGAUGAUCCCAUGCAGCUUGAGCCGGCGGCUGCUGCUGCCGCAGAGGCAUUUGAACAGCGGAUGCAAAGAGAUCCAGAGACUUCACUUAUUUCCGAGGGGUCAUAUUCGUUUUCGUCGGAGGAUCCGACUUUUGAUGACUUGAUCAAUGUGUGA